GAUGGAGGGGGACGGUAGCGCGGAGCGAUACGAUAUGUGGUUAUCCGGUUUUAUGGAUCCGCGGACUACUGAGCGCUGGGAGCCGCCGGAAUGCGAGAAGACGUUAGAUGGUAAAGAGAUGACGAGCGCCCCCUCCCGGUGUAUUUUGGAAAUGAGCGAUGAGGUCCUGCUGCUGUUAAUGGAAUUCCUGGACCCGUUUUCAUUGCUGAGAGCAGGUGCGGCCUGCAGCACACUCUACAGGAUCUGCAGCACGGACAGUCUGUGGGCCGCGCACUGCCGGAGUUCCUUUGGCUCGGACUUCAGGACCACAGAUGCGGCCUACACCCAAAAGGAAGCUUUUAAGCUCUUGUAUAUAUGGGGGAAGCUGUAUAAAACCCUGCCUUACAACAGACCCCUGCAGGAUUUGUUGUUUUCAGGGAUACCGCCUAAACGAUAUUGGAUGCAGUGGCUCAUUUUAGAAGACAUGGUUCCUCUUCCGCCAAUCCAGCUUGCAGAUUACGACAUAGAAGACAUCUGGGGAUUAAGAAAAGAUCUCCUUGAUGAAAAACACAAAGUGACGGAUGAAUCCUUGGAAGAGACAAAACACUCUGUUUUCAAAUAUGACUGGAAGGAACUGCACAACCUAGCACUUCAGCAUCAUGGCACUUACGCAAAGGUCCAGUUGCACGUACUUCAAAAAAUGAGCUCAGAGUGCCAUGAGGAACUGGAGUGGCUCUUUGUCCAGUAUAAUCGCUUUCGGUUCCAGUGGUUAUUUUCCUAUUGGCUGUUUGGUCUUUCCAAAUCCUGUGCCAGGCAGCUGCAGAGAAUCUACCUCUGGUGGAAAAGGUUUGAUAAGAGGAAGGUGUCUUCCUGGGGUUCCACACAAUGCGACGUACAGUAUCUUGCUUCUCUUCAUUGCAUCACUGAAGACUUCUGGAAUGGCAAUUUGGCAAAUGGUGAAGAGAACAUAGGUAUCCAGACUAUUGAAAACUACUUCUCUAUGUGCAAAUCCCUACUGGCCUGGAUUUUGGGGCGCAAGUGGGGAAGAUUUAAACAAAAGAAGAUCUACAAAGACACUCUGGAAGGUGUAUAUAGAGUCUUAAAACCUGAAAUGCAGGUUGCUCUGAUUAGUCAUGACCAAUUCUGGGCAGCAGCUAAAGUUCAGAUGUUGAGAAUAUGUAGCCUUGAAGAGACAGCCGGCAACUACGUUAACUGGAAGCUUAUAGAUGCAUUGCCAUGCUACAGACUAUACAUGGCAUCAGGGGAUCCUUUCUAUUUGGAGCAAAUCAAAGGAUUUUUGUUCAGGAAACAGUUAAUAAGUAACUGGCUCCUUCAGGAAGAGAACAUGUGGGUAAGGAACCUCCUGCCAGACAGCCUUUCCCAGCUACUGGAGUAUGAGACAAAGCUCAUAGAAGAGAGAUUGCAUGGAGAUACUAUGGUUGCCUACUUGAGCCGAUUAAUCUGGUUGUAUCUGCAUUCUGGCCAGCAGCUGUACAUGGAUGCCUUGAAGGGUUUUGUUUAUGAAUGUGCAUAUGCAAGCUUUUCCUCUCAGAUCUUUGAGAGUUGUAGUAUAGUAUCCACAGGCUUUUAA